AGUCGGUGCCCGGCAGAUCGGAGUCCGCACGUUGGAGCCGGGGCCUGGAGAGGCUGCUUCCAAGAGGCAAGAAGAGGCUACGCCUGGAACUGGAACAGCGUCCCUCCUGCUGUAUCGUUUUGGAGAAGAGUUCCUGUCUGAUGCUGGCCCGCCUUUAACAUCUGUCUAAUAGCUGUCGGUCUCCAUCCCAGCAAAAAGAAGGGUGGGAGCGUGUGACGGGAGUCUCUGUUCCCAGUGGAGGUGAUCAUGGCCUCCAUGUUGCUCACCCGGCGGCUGGCCUGCAGCUUCCAGCACAAGUACCACCUGUUGGUGCCCGGAUCCAGACACAUCAGUCAGGCUGCAGCCAAGGUUGACGUUGAAUUUGAUUACGAUGGGCCUUUGAUGAAGACGGAAGUCCCAGGGCCUAGAUCUCGGGAAUUAAUGAAACAGCUGAAUGUGGUUCAGAAUGCAGAGGCUGUGCACUUCUUCUGCAAUUACGAAGAGAGCCGAGGCAAUUACCUGGUAGACGUGGACGGCAACCGGAUGCUGGACCUUUAUUCCCAGAUCUCCUCUGUCCCCAUAGGUUACAACCAUCCUGCUCUCAUGAAACUCGUCCAACAGCCUCAAAAUGUGAGCACAUUCAUCAACAGACCUGCCCUCGGAAUCCUUCCUCCCGAGAACUUUGUGGAGAAACUCCGGGAGUCCCUGCUCUCAGUGGCUCCCAAAGGGAUGUCCCAGCUCAUCACGAUGGCCUGCGGCUCCUGCUCCAAUGAAAACGCCUUCAAGACCAUCUUCAUGUGGUACCGGAGCAAGGAAAGGGGCCAAUCAGGUUUCUCCAAAGAGGAGCUGGAGACGUGCAUGGUCAACCAGGCCCCCGGUUGCCCCGACUACAGCAUCCUCUCCUUCAUGGGCGCCUUCCACGGGAGGACCAUGGGUUGCUUAGCGACCACACACUCCAAAGCCAUUCACAAGAUCGACAUCCCUUCCUUCGACUGGCCCAUUGCACCGUUCCCACGGCUGAAAUAUCCUCUGGAAGAGUUUGUGAAAGAGAACCAACAAGAAGAGGCCCGCUGUCUAGAAGAGGUGGAGGACCUGAUCGUGAAAUACCGGAAGAAGAAGAAGACGGUGGCCGGGAUCAUCGUGGAGCCCAUCCAGUCUGAGGGCGGAGACAACCACGCAUCAGACGACUUCUUCCGGAAGCUGAGAGACAUCUCCAGGAAGCAUGGCUGUGCCUUCUUGGUGGAUGAGGUCCAGACAGGAGGAGGCUGCACCGGCAAGUUCUGGGCCCACGAGCACUGGGGCUUAGAUGACCCGGCGGACGUGAUGACCUUUAGCAAGAAGAUGAUGACCGGGGGCUUCUUCCACAAGGAGGAGUUGAGGCCCAACGCUCCUUACCGGAUCUUCAACACGUGGCUGGGGGACCCAUCCAAGAACCUGUUGCUGGCCGAGGUCAUCAGCAUCAUCAAGCGGGAGGACCUGCUGAAUAAUGCAGCUCACGCCGGGAAGGUCCUGCUCACAGGGCUGCUGGACCUCCAGGCCCGGUACCCCCAGCUCAUCAGCAGAGUAAGAGGACGAGGCACCUUCUGCUCCUUUGACACUCCAGACGAAUCCAUACGGAAUAAACUCAUUUCAGUAGCCAGAAACAAAGGCCUGAUGCUGGGAGGCUGCGGUGACAAGUCCAUCCGCUUCCGUCCCACUCUGGUCUUCAGGGACCACCACGCACACCUGUUCCUCAAUAUUUUCAGUGACAUCUUAGCCGACUUCAAGUAAAGAAGCUGUUUCCUCCACGCUCUGAGGAAGCCCCGAUCUCAACCGUUGUCAAAUUGAUUAGUUUGCCUAAUUCAUGUUUUCACUUAAAGUAUCAGAGGUGAAUGCAUACACUGGAGGGUUAUUUGUGGGGAGGAGAUGUUUUUGGUGGCUUGUG